AGCUAGCCUACGUGACUGCCAUUAUUAAUAUUGAUAGUCACACGCGUACUAGUUUCACUCCGACGUAACUUAUCCAGAUUUGUUGUUGGCGCCAACGCAGUCCGAUUGUUAGAAUGGCGUUACUGAUUCAAGAGGUCAGUAGAGCUGCUCGUAGGGCCUUUUCUGGUGGUCUGAAGGAGCCCGUGUUCCAGGAAAAGCUGAACGAACUUGUUAAAUUAAUGAACCAAGUAAGAGGAAGAGAUGUUAACUUUAACCCAGCUUUAACUGAGAGAAGCAAAAACAAUAAUGCUCCGGUCACAUACAUUCAUAUUUUUGAAGACGAAGUGUACAGUAUGGGGAUAUUUGUCUUGAAAGAAAACAGCCGGAUUCCUUUACAUGAUCAUCCAGGUAUGUUUGGGAUAAUUAAAGUCAUCCAUGGAACUCUGUCUCUCGAAUCAUUUGAUGAAUUACCCGUUUCAUCAGAACAACCUACCUCGUCUGCUUCCACUACAGCUACUAGCUUUAACAAUGAAUUUAAGAAAUUUCUCAGAGAUUACGACAGGACACCAAAGCCAUUUUUGGAGGUACCCAAAAAGAAAGCAUCCGUGAACGACGAUUGCUGUGUAUUGUCACCUACAAAGGGUAACCUUCACGAAGUUCGACCCGAUGGUGGACCUGCGGCCUUCCUUGAUAUCCUGGCUCCGCCCUACGAUACGGACUCUGAUAGGAGAUGUAAUUAUUACGAAAUAACCAAAGGGCAUUCGCCACCUAGGCCACUCAGUCAACCAGAAGACAGUUCUCAGAAAAUAUCAUGGCUGGUUCAAAUUCAACAGCCGUCUGACUUUUGGUGCGACGAGUCUGAUUACAACGGCCCCGAAAUACCCAGCCAUUAAGGGGCCUCCACCGUAUCACUUAUUAAUGUUGUCUUUCCCCAUUCCAACAUUCAUGUAUUGUUUGUCUGACAAUAGUACAUGAACACCCUUACUCACAUCAUAUUUGUAGAUGAUGUAUUUUAUUAAGGUUAAGGAAUUUCCUCUCGUUGGGAUUUUGCUUUUCACAGUUUAUGUUUUUGUUGUGUUUUGUUAUUCUAAUAACAAUGAAUGCAAAACAUUUUGGUGCUUAUGAAAUGACAUUAGUAAAUAACAGUAUGACAUGUCAGAAACAGUUACUACCAUACACAUGCAUUAUAUACAUACAU